UAGACUUUGUAACGUCACUCACUGUCAGGUGAUGAGAUUGUUACAAGUUCCAUCACAAGUGAUCAAGAUAAGCCAUAUCGAUUAUUAUGUGUUAAAUGAUGAUGCUUUCAGUAAGGAUACUGGUUGUGUUUUUACUUUUACCGCUACUGUCGUCGGCAACUCAACAAUGGACAGAUGGUGUUUGUGGCAUAUGUAUCUGCAGUAAGCAACAAGGAAAUUAUGAAAUGGAAUAUGUGGUCAACUGUACUAGAAAAGACAUUAAAACUUUACCAGAUAACUUGCCAAGGAACAUUCAUCGCCUAGACUUAUCAUUUAACUCGCUUGGUAGUUCAAGUUUACAAAAUCUUGAAUUGUAUGGUGAUGAUCUGAUUUCUUUGUCCCUAGAAAGUAAUAAUGUUACAAUUAUCAACACGGAUAUAUUAUCGUCACUUAGACAUCUAGAGGAACUUGAUUUGACGGGGAAUGUGCUUGAUUAUAUCGAUGAUCGUUUAUUCAUUGCUUUAAAUCUGCGAAAACUUAGCGGUAUAUCAGCCAAGAUGUUUCAUCGUUCAGCUUUCUGGAAAUUAGUAAGUUUGGAAGAUCUUUCGGUUAUAUUUGAACAGGAAAUGAUCGAUGAAAAUAUUUUCAAAAAUUUACAAGUCUUUCAUCUCGAUGUGACAUUUCGAUAUGCAAAAGAAAUCCCGGUUUCGUUAUUUCAGUUUGGAACAAACACGCUGACUAGACUAACUAUUGACGGACCUUUAUUAUCAUCUUUGCCAAACGGUAUAUUCGACGGGCUUACAGUUCUGAAGACACUGAUAAUUCGUGGUGGCAACAUACGAUGGCUCUCAAACAGUCUUUUUUAUAGACCGUCUGCUACUAGCAUGCCCUUGCACCUUAACAAAAUUUCUAUCAUAGGUGUCAAGUCUAUCCCACGUGAUCUCUUUAAAGGACAACUCAGUUUGAAAUUUGCUAUCCUGCAAAACAUAGAAGAUAUUCCACCACUUGAUUUACCGGUUCAGCUAGACAAUCUUGACAUGUCUGGAAGCAAUGUAUUUAGAGUAUCACCAGAUGUCUUCAUGAAACUGACAAAUUUAAGAGAGCUUAAUUUAAGUAAUUCGUCGUUGUCAUCACUUGAAAGCGAAUCAUUCAUUGGACUAUCCUCUCUAUCUGAUCUCGAUUUGUCCAGAAACAAGAUACUUACUCUGCCUGAGAAGAUAUUCGAAGCUUGUCGCUACACAUUAGACUUUUUAGAUUUAAGUUACAAUCAAAUACCAAGAAUUCAGCAAUUUUACUUCAACAUGCUAAAAUCUCUUAGAGUAUUAGAUCUUAGCCAUAACAAAAUACAGUCAAUUCACGCGAAGGCUUUUGAAAAACUAAAUAUGUUGACCGACUUAAAAUGCAGGGGGAAUAUGAUUUCCACACUUCCAGAUACUCUCUUUUCAAACAUUUUGUCCAUUCAAGUGAUAGAACUCGGGAAGAAUAAUAUUUCAAGGAUAGCAUCUACCCUUUUUGAUAAUUUAUAUCAACUAUCCAGUCUAAACUUGGAAAGUAAUCCCUUACACUGUGAUUGUAGCGUGAAGUUGAUUAGAAUGACAUAUCGUUAUUUACAGAUACAAGGAGUCUGCAACACACCUAAGGAGUAUCAUGAGUACCAAUUGUCAAAACUAGAACGAGAUGAAUCGUGUUAUAUUAUUGAGGAAGAGUCCUCGUCUGUGGGUUUGUUUUCAUCCAUACAUGAUACAAAAUAUGUCCAUCAAAUCAACUUUGAGCAAACUAUUAUUCCGACACAAGCAAUGACUUCGACUACUAGCAAAAAGGUGGACGUUUUAGCAAGUAAAACUUCAAACGACAGUCUAUCUGGAAUAAGUAACAAUAUUGAACAUAAUGAUGUCAUUGAAAUAGAGCCAACAUCUGUUUAUGUUAACCGGUCCAUGUUAGCAGAGCAGCAGAGUACCAUAUGGCAUAGCACCGGUUUUAUUGUCUUGUAUGUUUGUGUUGGCAUAUUAGGCACCGUGAUAAUCAUAACAACUGCUAUUGGUUGUAGGAACGUUUGUAAAGAUUUACGCAGACGAGGAACGUAUAUCCUUCCGCCUCCCUAAUUGAGAUUAGUCAACAAUAUAACAUUGGAAUAUUGGAUGUUGUUUUUUUUAACUCUUAUGAAUUCCAUUUAAACAUCAAGUUAUGCAUACUAUUGUGUUUUAUUUAUCGGGUAUUAAUUUUUGCUGUAUUUUUUAUUCUGUUCAAUUAUGUGAUAGUUUAACUUUAUAUCUCUGUAAAUGAGAUCGUAUCAUUAUAGCAAUAAUAUGGCUUCUAAAAUUUGUUCUCUUGAAUUUGUUUUUCUUUUCUUCUUUUGAAUAAUUUAAAUUCUAUAAAACUGUAUAAAGACUAGAUUUUAUGUAUACUUAUAUGUGUUAAAUGACUUCAUAUUUGGUCAGCAGCUCGAACAUUACGUGUAAGCUAAUUCCAAUAAGUUUCAUAUUGCUUCUGAUGAAUUGUUCCCUAGCUGUAAAUAGACUUAAAUAAUUGAUUUUCAUAAUGCUCUUAACCACUUUUCUACGUAUUUAUAAAUUCCUGACUUACCUCAAGGUUUAUGUUUUAGUGUUCCUGAUACUAAAUUCUGAAAUCACGUAAUUUAUACAGUGUUAGUUUGCAUAACAUUUGAUAUCAAAGAGAAGGAUUGAAUAGUUUCAAAAUCUAAUUGGAUUCUCGUUUCAUUCAUGAUAAAUCAGUGACAGACCCGUGGAAGCGUCACUAGUUGUCUUCAUUUUUCAAUUUUAGUGGUUUAUUCAAACAUUAUCAUGUGUAUUUCACUCUUAUUGCACAUUCUCGUUUUUCAAAGUU